AUGGUGCUCCCUGGAUGUGGUACGAGCUGCGUGCAACCUUACAGCAGAACACCGAACCAGAUCUUGCAGUCUUUGAUCGGACGAGGCCGAGAAUUCAUCUCUCUGAUAGGGUCGCACCACCGAACAUACGACGGAAUCGCUUUUCGACGGGUAAAGGACGGUCUGGCCCGAAAGUCAGUUCAGUCUAAGAUCAUGAUCGACGCGGACCAAUUUCGCAAGACGAUCCCAGGCUAUGCACGUAUCAUCACCAAGAAAACGGAAGAAGGCCUCUUUUCUGACAUCGUUACGACGCAGCAACGCGUGACGAAAUGGGAGAUGGAUCUAGCCAACCUGCCGGAGGACAAGCUUGUCCUGUGUCCUCCCACGGCACUGGGUUUCAAUCUCAAUGACAAGUUUUGGGGCGAGUACGCGAUCGAUCAUGUUCAGAGUAUCGAACCGUCUCCGGCACUCUUUGACCACUUGUCCAUCCCCAUCAGCAUGAAGAACACCAUCAGAUCUCUGACUCGUGGUCAUCUGAGCCCAGUCAAGGGUGGAAAAUGUGAGAUUCCACGACUCUUGGGGUUCGCCACCGUGCACGCUGACGAUAGUAGUGGACCACCAGGCGUGGGAAAGACUCUCACCGCCGAGGCUCUGUCCGAAAUCCACCGACGACCUCUCUACUCGGUCUCUGCUGGAGAACUCAGUUCGGACGCGGGAGAACUAGAUCCCCAACUCACCAAUAUCUUCCGGGUGGCGAGCGCGUGGAAUGCCAUUCUCUUGAUAGACGAAGCGGACGUCUUUCUCCAGAGACGUGCUGAGCUGACUCUGGAACGGAACCGACUGGUGGCAGUCUUCCUCCGAAAGUUGGAACACUUCGAUGGCAUUCUGAUCUUGACCACCAAUCUGGUCGAUCAUUUUGACGGUGCUAUCCUCGAUCGCAUGCACUUGCAGAUGCAAUACCACCCGCUCGGCAGAGCCGCCAAAAAAGAAGUCCUCACCGGCUUUCUCACAAGCCUUUGUGGGGAAGAUGGGUUAUUCAACUUUGGUGCAGACUAUCUGGACCGAUUUGCUUGUAUGAAUGUUAAUGGUCGUCAGAUCAAGAACAUUGUGUCCAUCGCCCAUACGCUUUCCCGGAGAGGACGAGGAAGAACUGUCCUAUCUCCACAUCGACCACGCCCUGGAAGCCACGGGUCUGCGUUUGCCCCAAAGCGCUGA